CCGCGAACCAUGCCGCGCAGGCGCUUAGCAACAAAGGGAGUGUACAGGUUCUCCUGGCCGAGUAACGUUAUAAACUAGAGAACAAUCACCUGUUACGACUUUGAGAAGAACAUGUCGGUUCUUCACAAAGGCAUAAGAUUAGUUCCACGAUGGAAUCACCUCCAACCAGAGACUAUGUCUCAGAUAGGCAGACAGGCCGCACGCCCGGGGGUGAGGUCGACUCUCCCCUGCCCCCCAUAACUGAACGCCUGGCGUACCUGCGCCCCUCCAGGGAGCUGUUGGAGUUUUACAGGGGGAAGAUUGCCCAGUUCGAUGAAGAACACGCGGACCUUCUGCAGAUGCUGGAGACGUAUAGAAGUACCGCAGGUGACCAGCACAAGCUGCAGUGGGAGGUCCGUCAGCGCGAGGGCGAGAUCUCUGAGUUGCAGAAGGCUCUGAGCGACAUGCAGGUGUACCUCUUCCAGGAGAGGGAACAGGCACUGCGCCUGUACGCGGAGAACGACAGGCUAAAGAUCAGGGAGCUGGAGGACAGGAAGAAGAUCCAGCUCCUCUUAGCUCUGGUGGGGCCAGAUGCUGGGGAGAUCACCUACUUCCACCGUGAGCCUCCACACAAGGUCGUCAUACCCCAAAAGAAGCUAGAGCCCAGAACACUGGAUCAUCGGAUCACAACAAAGUCUAGAACAAAGAGUGCAAAAGAGGGUAACCGGGCAUCCAGGUCAGAGGACGGAGCUCUGCAUAGAGCAAGUCCAGAACAGUACAGAAGAGACAACGAGACCUUAUUAUUACAGGUGGAGGCGCUGCAGGCUCAAAUGGAAGAGCAGACUCGUCUCUCCAAAGAACAGGUGGAGUCUCUCCUGGAGGACAGGAGGAUCCACGUGGAGGAGGGACAGGUCCAGCACCAGAGAGAUCAGGAGCGUAUCACAGCACUCGCAGACAAGUUGGAGCGGACCCAGAACCUGCUUUACGAGAGCACCAGGGACUUCUUGCAGCACAAGUUUGAGACGCGGGCCCACGAGAAGGCCUGGAUGGUGGAGAAAGACCGACUUCUGCGGGAGCUGGACUCGGCCCAGGAGCGGCUGAGAGAGGCCCGGGACGUUCACGGCAGAGCCCGGCCUGGAUCUGGAGGUCCAGGUGGCAGCAUGGCCAUGCUCCUCAGCCAGCCCCAACCCGACACGCAGCACGUCCACCGGGAGGAGCUACGGGCACUGCAGGAGGAGCUGAAGCAGGCGCAUCGCCUGGCGGAGAUGUACAGGGAGCAGUGUGUUACCCUGGAGACGGACCUGGCUCAGAUCCGAGAGGAAGGGGACGUGGGCAGGGAGAUCUUCAAAGACCGGUCCGACAAAAUGGCAAAGCGUCUUCAGAUGAUGACCCAGCGGUACGAGGCCCUGGAGAAGAGGAGGGCCAUGGAAGUCGAGGGCUUCAAGGCUGACAUCAAACACCUCCGACAGAAACUUAAAGAUGUGGAGAAGCAGCUCUUCAAGGUGACCCUAAACGUGGGCCCAAACCAGGACCUGGCUAUCCUGCACGAGGUGCGUCAGACCAACACUCGGACCAAGAAGGUCCAGGGGGAACUGAAGACACUGAAGGCCAAGAUUUUUGGUCUGGAGAAUGACCUACGUUACAGUUGAGAUAGUACCCAAACUAGCCCAAUGGGAACUAGUGACCUUGGUAAUGUUUAGUAAGAAUAAUAUAAGAAAAUGCUUUUAAAGCUGAAAAAUAUACCGUUUUUAACAAUAAAGUUGUGUUCUUUUAUUAA